AUGAACUCUGAGUUCGUAGUAUUCGACUCAACAUCGCCUUAUGAUGCUGUAAUGGGAGAACCCUUACUAUUUAGCCUGAGAGCAGCACUGUCUCUGUACUACUAUUCAAUUAAAUUCCCUACACCCCAUGGUGAAUUCGAGCUCAUUUCACUAGAUCAGCGAACCAAGGUCGAAGGUGGAGAACCCGUCGAAGAGCUAGAGAGAGUUCAAAUUUGUGCCGACGACCCAUCAAAAGAGCUCAAAGUCGGGCGUGAGCUGCAUCCCUCUACCCGAAGCGAAAUUGUGGCCUUCCUUAGACAAAACCUUGAUAUAUUUGCCUGGAAUCACAGGGACAUGAGAGGAAUAGAUCCCAAAAUAGCCAGCCACAAAUUACAGGUUGUAAAUCCGGUCUUUGUGAAAAAACACAAUGGAGAAUGGAGGGUAUGCAUAGACUUCACCGAUCUCAACAAAGCAUGCCCUAAAGAUAGUUUUUCUUUACCAAGGAUAGAUCAAAUGGUAGACACCCCUGCGGGACACGAACUACUCAACUUCAUGGAUGCGUAA